UCCGCCGAGGGGCGCCUCGGCCAUGACUGCGGAGCUGCAACAGGACGACGCGGCCGGAGCAGCCGACCGACACGGCUCGAGCUGCCAAAUGCUGUUAAACCAACUAAGAGAAAUCACAGGCAUUCAGGACCCUUCCUUUCUUCAUGAAGCUCUGAAGGCCAGUAAUGGUGACAUUACCCAGGCAGUCAGCCUUCUCACCGAGGAAAGAGUUAAAGAGCCCAGUCAAGACACUGUUGCUACAGAACCAUCUGAAGUAGAGGGCAGCGCUGCCAACAAAGAAGUUUUAGCAAAAGUGAUAGACCUUACCCAUGAUAACAAAGAUGAUCUUCAAGCUGCCAUUGCUUUGAGCCUACUGGAAUCCCCCAAAAUUCAAGCUGACGGAAGAGAUCUGAACAGGAUGCACGAGGCAGCCUCUGCGGAAACGAAACGCUCCAAGAGAAAACGCUGUGAAGUCUGGGGAGAAAAUCCCAAUCCUAACGACUGGAGGAGAGUCGAUGGGUGGCCCGUUGGGCUGAAGAAUGUUGGCAAUACAUGUUGGUUUAGUGCUGUUAUUCAGUCUCUCUUUCAACUGCCUGAAUUUCGAAGACUCGUCCUCGGCUAUAGUCUACCGCAGAAUGUGCUUGAAAACUGUCCGAGUCACACGGAAAAGAGAAAUAUUGUGUUUAUGCAAGAGCUUCAGUAUUUGUUUGCUCUGAUGAUGGGAUCAAAUCGCAAAUUUGUAGACCCUUCAGCAGCCCUGGAUCUCUUAAAGGGAGCAUUCCGAUCACCUGAGGAACAGCAGCAAGAUGUGAGUGAAUUCACACACAAGCUCCUGGAUUGGCUAGAGGACGCAUUCCAGCUAGCUGUGAAUGUUAACAAUCCCAGGAACAAAUCUGAAAAUCCAAUGGUGCAGCUUUUCUACGGUACUUUCCUCACUGAAGGGGUUCGUGAAGGAAAGCCCUUUUGUAACAAUGAGACCUUCGGCCAGUAUCCCCUUCAGGUAAAUGGUUAUCGCAACUUAGACGAAUGUUUGGAAGGGGCCAUGGUGGAGGGUGACAUUGAGCUGCUUCCUUCCGAUCAUUCGCUGAAGUACGGGCAAGAGCGUUGGUUUACAAAGCUACCUCCAGUGUUGACCUUUGAACUCUCAAGAUUCGAGUUCAAUCAGUCCCUUGGUCAGCCAGAGAAAAUUCACAAUAAGCUGGAAUUUCCUCAGAUCAUUUAUAUGGACAGGUACAUGUACAAGAGCAAAGAGCUUAUUCGAAGUAAGAGAGAGUGUAUUCGAAAGUUGAAGGAGGAAAUAAAAGUUCUGCAGCAAAAACUGGAAAGGUACGUGAAGUAUGGCUCAGGCCCAGCUCGGUUUCCACUCCCGGACAUGCUGAAAUACGUUAUUGAAUUUGCUAGUACAAAACCUGUCUCAGAAAGCUCCACGUCUCAAAGCGAUGCGCGCAUGACGUUACCACUUUCUUCAGCACACUGCCCAGUUUCUGACCUGGCAUCCAAGGAAAGUACAAGUAAAGAAAGCUCUUCUCAGGAUGUUGAAGGUACCUUUUCUUCUCCUGAAGAUUCUCUACCCAAAUCUAAGGCAAUGAAUAAGCCCCUUGCAUCUUCCCGGUCUUCAGUGGAAAUGCCUGCACAGCCAGCUCCUCGAACCGUCACAGACGAGGAGAUAAACUUUGUUAAGACCUGUCUUCAGAGGUGGAGGAGUGAGAUCGAACAAGAUAUACAAGAUUUAAAGAAUUGUAUUGCAAGCACCACCCAGACUAUUGAGCAGAUGUAUUGUGACCCUCUCCUUCGUCAGGUGCCUUAUCGCUUGCAUGCUGUUCUUGUUCAUGAAGGGCAAGCAAACGCUGGACACUACUGGGCCUAUAUCUAUAAUCAACCCCGACAAGUCUGGCUCAAGUACAAUGACAUCUCUGUUACUGAAUCUUCCUGGGAAGAACUUGAAAGAGAUUCUUAUGGGGGCCUGAGAAAUGUUAGUGCUUACUGUCUGAUGUACAUUAACGACCAGCUACCGCACUUCAAUGCAGAGGUAGCCCCAAGCGAAUCAGAUCAGAUGUUAGGCGAAGUGGAUGCCCUGUCUGUUGAACUGAAGCAUUACAUUCAGGAAGAUAACUGGAGGUUUGAGCAGGAAGUCGAGGAGUGGGAAGAAGAGCAGUCUUGCAAAAUCCCUCAAAUGGAAUCCUCCACCAGCUCCGCAUCCCAGGAUUUCUCUCCAUCCCCAGAGCCUUCAGCAACCGCCUCGCAUGGGGUCCGCUGCUUGGCAUCGGAGCACGCUGUGAUCGUCAAGGAGCAGACGGCACAGGCCAUCGCGAACAGCGCGCACGCCUACGAGAGGAGCGGCGUGGAGGCGGCGCUGAGCGAGGUGAUGCUGAGCCCCGCCAUGCAAGGGGUCAUCCUGGCCAUAGCUAAAGCCCGUCAGACCUUUGACCGAGAUGGGUCUGAAGCAGGGCUGAUUAAGGCAUUCCAUGAAGAAUACUCCAGGCUCUACCAGCUUGCCAAAGAGACGCCCACUUCUCACAGCGACCCUCGGCUCCAGCACGUGCUAGUCUACUUUUUCCAAAAUGAAGCGCCCAAAAGAGUAGUAGAACGGACCCUCCUGGAACAGUUUGCAGAUAAAAAUCUUAGCUAUGAUGAAAGAUCCAUCAGCAUCAUGAAGGUGGCGCAAGCUAAACUGAAGGAGAUUGGUCCAGAUGACAUGAAUAUGGAAGAGUACAAGAAGUGGCACGAAGAUUAUAGUUUGUUUCGAAAGGUGUCUGUGUAUCUCCUCACAGGCCUGGAACUCUACCAAAAAGGAAAGUACCAAGAGGCACUCUCCUACCUGGUCUAUGCUUACCAGAGCAAUGCCGCUCUGCUGCUGAAGGGGCCCCGCCGCGGGGUAAAGGAAUCGGUCAUCGCUUUGUACCGAAGAAAAUGCCUUCUGGAGCUGAAUGCCAAAGCAGCUUCUCUCUUUGAAACAAACGAUGACCACUCUGUAAGCGAGGGCAUUAAUGUGAUGAAUGAGUUGAUCAUUCCCUGCAUUCACCUUAUCAUUAAUAAUGACAUCUCCAAGGAUGACCUACAUGCCAUCGAGAUCAUGAGAAACCAUUGGUGCUCUUACCUUGGGCAGGAUAUCGCUGAAAAUCUACAGCUGUGCUUAGGAGAGUUUCUACCCAGGCUUCUGGAUCCUUCUGCAGAAAUCAUUGUCCUGAAGGAGCCUCCGACCAUUCGGCCCAAUUCUCCCUAUGACCUUUGUAGCCGAUUUGCAGCUGUCAUGGAGUCAAUUCAGGGGGUUUCAACUGUGACAGUGAAAUAAGCCCCCACAUGGUCAAGGCCCAGUUUGGUCUGCGGCUACCUGCCUGUUGUACAGAAGUCUGUUGUCACAGUGUUUCCCCUGGGGGAAGGGAUUAGGUGGGAAAGUAAGAUUCAGAUCCAGACCCCAACCAUGCUAAAGAAGGAUUGAAAAUAAAAUUGCACUUUUUAGGUACAGAAUCAGAAAAGCAAUUUCACUAAAAAAAACAAGAACCGUUGUAUAUUAAGGUAUUGAAUUAUGUCAGAAGACCUGAAAUGCCUCUUGUACCUGCAAGAGUGCUUGGGCUUUGGUAGGCCUCUUACUGCUUUUAAAAUUAUCCUUCAGGCAUAAAUAUUUUUGACAGUGGAAUAGAAGGGUGAUCCAUCAGAACCUGAACCAGAUGAACAGCUACUAGUUAUUUUAUCAAAUACAGGUGACAUUUAAAAGUUCUUAACUGCAAGAGAUGAGAAAUCUAAACCUCUGCCGGUCUCUUGACAGGAGAUGACAGUGGGUUACUGAUGAACUGCCGCCCUUUUACAUGUGGGUAGAAAUGUAAGGGCACGUGGCAGCAAGAUGCUGCAAAGUCAAAAGAAAGCUGCCUUUCCUCUCUUCUCUCUCUCUCUCUCUCUCUCUCUCUCUCUCUCAUUUUAUAUUUUUAAAUAAACCAGAAAACCUCACACUCAGUCCCGAGUGAAAAAAAACAAAGCACUAAGGACCGCAGACGGAACGGCAUUGUGAAACGUGAUCGAGACAGGGUAGGGUAGCGUUGUGAGAGUUGUUCACCAUUUCAGUAAAACCUCUAGCUUCUGAAAAUUGUCAACAACAGAUGUCUAAGGCUGCUGCUGGCCCGAAAGAACAUUUAGAUGCCCCUCCCCUUUUUUUUUUUGCUUUGGAAAGAGAAGGGCUGUGGCUUUUGUAAAAAGAAAAAAAAUCUAUAUAUAUGUAUAUGUAGAGAGAGAAAUAUCCCCUGUUGACCAUUUUUAAA